AUGACGUCCCCAGCUCGCCAAAAUCUGGAUUUCAAGGCGCUGCCGAAGUUAGAGCUUCACGCGCACCUCAGCGGUAGCAUCAGCCGCCAAUGUCUGCAUGAGAUAUGGCAGCGUAAAAAAAACUCCGGCGAGACCAGUCUGGCCGACCCUCUUGUGGAGAUGCCCGUUGGGAAGCAUGACUAUGAUCUUACGACGUUUUUCCCCCUCUUCUCCUCGUACAUCUACCACCUCGUCGACUCCUCCUGGGCCCUGACUCUCACCACCACCUCGGUCCUUCGCGAUUUCGCGGCCGAUGGCGUCGUCUAUCUCGAGCUGCGGACCACUCCCCGCGCCAUUCCCAAGGCCGGCAUUAGCAAGGCGCAGUACGUAGAGACCAUCCUAUCCGCCAUUGAGGCCUUCCAGGGCGGCUCCGGGACAGAGUCUGGGAACGGGAUCGGUACCGGGACUGGGACGCCGGCCCACCGGCUCCGCACCCGCCUCAUUCUGUCCGUCGACCGCCGCAACUCGCUUCCCGAGGCACUCGAAGUUGUGGCUCUGGCGGAGCAGUUCCAAACCCGGGGCGUCGUCGGCGUCGACUUGUGCGGCGACCCCCUGCGCGGCGGCAUCGGCGCCCUGGCGCCCGCCUUCGGGAGGGCGCACGCGGUUGCCGGGCUAGGCAUCACGCUGCAUUUCGCCGAGGCGGAGGCCUCGGGAACGGACGAGGAGCUGCGGAUGUUGCUGUCCUGGAAGCCGGACCGGAUCGGCCAUGUCAUCCACGUCGGCGACGAGGUGAGGCGACAGAUCUGCGGGAUGGGAGGGAUGGGGCUGGAGCUGUGCCUGAGUUGCAACGUCUAUGCCGGCAUGAUCACCGGCGGAUUCGAGGGGCAUCACUUUGGCGAGUGGCGGCGCGUCGAGGAGUGUGUCGUCGUGCUCUGCACGGAUGAUGUCGGGGUAUUCGGCAGUCCCCUGUCGAACGAGUACGCUCUUGUUGCAAAACACUUUGGUCUCAGUCGGCCAGAAAUAUGCGCAUUGGCAAGGAAAGGAAUAGACGUCAUCUUCGGUGACGAGGAGGAGAAGGAGAGGCUACGGAGGAUUAUGUGGACCGAAUAA